UUGUUUAUUCAUUUAAAUGUGCCUGAUUUCUCUGUUUUUCAGUUUACCUGCCUAUACUCCAAACUUGUUGGACAUGAAGAUCAUCAAGUACGCCAUGAAUUACUUAGUCUUUUCUAUAUUGUUUAUAAACAGUGUUCAAAUACUAUUGCUCCAUUAAUUGAAGAUAUCAUGAUUGAUCUAAUUCAAAUUCUAAUAACUGAUCCGUAUGACGUUAUUGGUUUACUUUCACGAAGAGUCCAUAAUUAUUUGAUGCUAACGAUGAAUGAGAAAUAUAUGGAUUGCCUGAAAUACCGCUUGCAUAUGUUAUCUGUUAAAAUACCUAGAGAAGCCACUGUAAAAGGAGAUGUUGAAAAAUGCUUAAAACAGUUGCUAGGUGUGUUAAUCAAUAUGAAUUCUCUACGCGGUAGUUUCUUGUUGGUUGGAGAAACGGCAGAGUUGUUGAUUGUUGCUCUCUCAUCCUGUCUUCAGCUAAAUAUCAGACGAGUUAGUUUGAAUCGUGAAGUCAUCGAGGCAGCUGACAUUUUUAGUUUGUUGGAUGACCUUCCACUUUCACUUGAUACCAGAAAGGGAACUGUCGCUGAGAUUGCUAUACAGUUGAUCAAAAAUGAACAAGCUCAUGCAAAUUGUAUUUCUGCUAUUGUUGCAAACUCUGAACGAUCAGAAACGUUAUCAGGUUGCUAUCACCUUGCUGCUUACUUUUUACAAGCAUUUUCUACUACUGUUAUGGAUUCACCAGAAAAAUUUAUCGAUACUCUUCAAGUCUUAGUCGAGCAGUCAGUAGCACUGUUGCAAAAAAUUGAUAUACAUCCUUCAUCAAGAGAUGAUUUCAUCGAAGAUGACAACUAUGAGCAGUGUGCUGAGAGUUGUUUAGCUACUAUAUUACUUUCAUUCUGUGCAGCUGCCUUCACUUGUACUCCUUCUAUUUUCGUCUGUCAAAAGUUAAUGAUUCAGUCUUUGUUUGAAAUAUUCAAAUGGACAGGAUCAUCAUAUUCGGUAUGUGCAGAAAGUGCUGAAUAUGCGUUGAAAGCCGCUGUUUUGGCUGCAAGAGAAGUAAAUAUAUCAUCAUUAUGUCUAACUUAUGCAAAAUACUUGUUACCGAAGGUAGCAAUUUGCUGUAGAACUUAUGAUAACAAUCUUCGUGCCCCUUGUGUUCUUUCUUCACUACUCGAUCAUUGUGAUAGUUGUCAUUUAUUUGACAGCGCUAAUCAUGCUGUUCAAGAACUUUUAGGAGUAGUUGAUUCAGGUUCACAGAAGUGGCUGAUUUUGAUUCUAAAAGCGUUGCUAAGUUUUCAAAAGGCUGUUGGAAUAUGGUUUUCUGAUGUUAAGCCUGAAGAAGUGCAGUUUAAUCAAGAUAAUGUAGAUGAAAAAGCUGUGAAACCUGAUUUCGUUGAAUCUGUGAACACUGUUUCAAAACGAACUCAGCAUCUUUUAUUCUGUUCUCAUAUUCGAAUUCGCAUUUUGGUUCUAAAAAUUUUGGAUUCAUGUAUGAAAAACUUGCGACAUUUUCCGGAUGAUCAUCUCCCCAUGAUUCAUCAUAAUUGGCCUGCAAUUUUAGACUGUCUCGUGAACGAAGAUUUCAGUUUACGAGUGGAGGCAUUCAAAGUCCUUCGGACAAUGUGCGAAAUAUCUGGUAGUUUUUGCUAUCGCCGUAUUAUUCCAUCCGUAUGGCCAUCAGUUCGAGAAUUUAUGAUUUGUCAAGGUGCUAAAAGUGUCAAUGCGCAGAGAGCCUAUUUGUAUUCUUCUACUUAUAAGUAUCAGGAAGUUGUUUUGGAAAAUUUGGGCGUUAUUUUUCGUCAUAUUGAACCAAAUGAAGUCGACUGGAAAAGUGUUAUGAUGUUAGCUUCAGUAUACUGUGAUGAUGCACAACCUGAAAAAUUGAAGCAUGCUGCUGAGAGUCUGCUUUCUCUUUGUGAAGAAGAACUCCAUGAGAACGUGUAG